AUGGUGUUCAAGGUAUCAAAGGGCGGUGUGAGGUCGGGAAACACCCUUCGCUGUCUCCGCUCUGUAAGAACAAAAAGGUACUCCAGCCAGGCAUGUAUCCUCAGCAGAUCAAACCUCAAACCCCUAGAGGUGCCAGGAUUUCUAGAAUCUGCCACAGAGGACCAGCUGGUUACCUCAACUCUGGCGUCAACGGACGUUUUACUGUCCCUGAACAAAAAGGCAAGAUGGACACUCCCUGCCAAAGUUAGUCACAUGAUCACAACUGGACAUUUCAAUGAAGGAAAAACUCUGGUAUCAUUUCUUGAACGCCACAAGUUGAAGAAAAAAGCCAACUGUGUCAGCUUCGUUUGCAAUCAAGACCGCGUCCGAAAUGUGGCGCCAAAAAAGAAGAGCUACUUCAGUUUCAACCUAGACAACAUUGACAAUGAGCAGUCAAUCAGGCAAUGGAAACGUCAAAAAGCAGAAACAAUGAAAAAGAUUAAGCCUCCAAUAAUCAAAAUUGAAAAAAGCAAAAGCAACAAGCUUGUUAAGACAGUAGAAGUGUUCACUGUAGCAGGCGCGGCCAAAUAUGGUGUUUCAAAUUCAAAUCCCGAAUAUCGAGUAGAAGUGUUCCGUCCAUGCCCUCAGAGUUGCUCUCUUGUCUACAAUCCCAAGUAUACAAAUAUCCUAGUGGAAUCUGUAGAUGAUGGAGAGAAAGAAGUAAAAUCGAAUACAAACGUAUCCAAGAAUAAAAGAAGAUACAGGAAACGAUUCUCAGCAAAUGACUGUAAAAGAUAUCAAGAAGAAAUGGAUUUAGAACAGUACUGGGCUGAGGAUUACGAAGAUUCUGAUUUCGAUCCAGUUUCUGAUGCAGAUAGCGAGGUCAGUUACCAAGAAGGAAAUGGUAGUUCAAGCAAACACAUUUCACAAACAGAUGACAACACAGAGAACUAUGAUUCCCAGGAGCCAUUGCAACUUUCAGAAAAUCUCCUUGCUUGUUUGAUUAGUCAGGCAGAGAAAGCAAAGGCAUUGUGUGGGAAGGAGCCAGUUCUUCAACGCCACACUGAUUCUAGAAGGUGUUGCAGGAAUAGUUCAUCAGACAAGAUGGACAAAUCACACAUCGUAUACAUUAAUGAUGCUCCUCCGAAGUUAACGUGCACCCAGAAACAAAAGCAACCGAAGCCCAAGCGUAAAAAAGUGAAAGAGCCAGAAGAGAAGCCCAAAUCAUCCCCGUUUGUAAAUCUCCACUAUGGUCGGGUCAUCGUGAAAUCGGCAGAUACGACUCCAGAAAUACUUCGAGCCAAAUAUGGAUACUGCUACGCAGAAGCAGGAAGCGAACCCAGACGCUUCACUGUCAAUGUUACAGAUGAUGUCUAUAAUUUACUGUGUAAACAUAGAUACACUGAGCAGAAUGCUAUGUACACGUCAUACUUGGUGUUUGUUCAUGAUGGUGUCUAUGAUGAAGGUCUGGACACUUUUAAAGUCGCCUUGAACUCUAAUAUCUGCAAUUACACAGAAUCUGUAGCGAAAAGUAUCCCGUUUCAAGAAACAUCCAUUGAAAACAUCAUGAACCACGUUGUCUGUGCUUUACUUGACAUGAAAGCUGAAAAUUGUCUUUCAACUGAUCACCCACCAGCACAGGAAACAACAAUGAAGCCAGCACUAAAGUUCGUUAAUGAUCUAAUGAGAGUUAACAUAGAAACAAUUCGUACCUUUGAUGAGAUCUGCAGACUUUCCCAAACAGAUGCAUUGCAGGAGACUCUGAUCUCAGCCAACUUCAUCGACAUGAUAAGAAAUCUAGACACUGAUGUAUUUUGCGACAUUUGUUAUGAAAACGUUAACCCAUCUCAGGACAGGUCCGUUUCUGGAACCAGACUGUCAAAAUGCGGCCAUAUUUUCUGUGACGACUGUUGGAGAUCACAUUUUAGAGCCAAAAUCAACAGUGGAGCGCAGAAAAUGGUUUGUCCCGGUUACGACUGUGACGAAAUCGUUGGUCCCGUGACCUUACUGUCUCUUCUACACGUAUCUGAAGUGACAAAGCUCUUUUAG